AUGAAGGAAAUGUUUAAUACAUGUGCCUGAAACUAAGGCCAAGAUAUAGUCACUCUUUUACAUUUCAUUUCUUCUGUGGAAUUUGGGGCUCAGUGUUCUAGCUGUUACAAUUCUAAUAUUCUAUGGCAUGAGAGAGGAUCCUAAGACCUGGGGAAAUGAGAUUUGGGGUUUCUACAUCUUCAAGAUUCUAAACUUCUAUACUCCCUCCAGUAAACUCAGAGUGAACAGAAACGGGUUGCGCCAGCUGGUUUACAAACAAGAAGAACUCCUGAGCCUCUCAGCAUCUCCCAAACAGCCAGAGAAUAACAAUUUAGCUUCACCCUCCAUCUGCAAACCUCCAACACACCCCCACGAGCUCCAUCCUCUACCUAGCAAAAGCCGAGUCUGAAAGUCUUAGGGGCGGGAACCAAAACUUGCUAGCUGAGGAAAGAGCGGGAGCUGUAACUGCAAGAGGGUGGUGGAGUCUGGGCCCGCCCAUCCGCCUAAACUGCUGACUUCCUGGUCACAGCAGGCAUCCGCAAGGGUAGCAGGCCACCGCGGCUGCGAACCCCAGAGCCAUGGGGCAGGCGCGGGAUGCCAUCCUGGACGCUCUUGAAAACUUGACCCCGGAGGAGUUCAAAAAGUUCAAGAUGAAGCUGCAGUCAGUGCCUCUGCGCGAGGGCUACGGACGCAUCCCGCGGGGGACCCUGCAGCAGAUGGACGCCAUAGACCUCACUGACAAGCUUGUCAGCUUCUACCUGGAAGCUUAUGGCGCGGAGCUCACAAUGACUGUGCUUAGAGAGAUGGGCAUGCAGGAGCUGGCUGAGCAGCUGCAAAGGGUCAUUCAGAGAGAGUCUGGAGCUGUGGCAGCUGCAACCAGUGCCUCUCCUCAAAGGGUAGCCAGAACAGCACACUUCAUUGACCAGCACAGACAAGCACUGAUUACCAGGGUCACGGACGUGGACGCCCUGCUCGACGCCCUGUUAGGCAGUGUGCUGACUAAUGAACAGUAUGAGGCAGUUCGAGCGGAGACCACCAACCCAAACAAGAUGAGGAAGCUCUUCAGCUUCACUCCAGCCUGGGACCUGACCUGCAAGGACUUGCUCCUCGAGGCCCUGAGGGAAACACUACCCUACUUAGUGACCGACCUGGAGAAGAACUGAGGUAUUUUCUCCAGCUACAGUCCCUACCCAUGUCGCUCCUAACUUUGAAUACACAAAUUUUUAAAAAAUCAGUUUGUACUGUUUUCUCUGCUCCCUUGGAUGUUUGUGCCUAGCUAAGCUACAUUUUUAAAGGCCAAAUAGGCUAAGUGGUAGAUCAUGGACCUCCCAUGCACAAACCCCUGGGGUCAGUCUCUAACCCCAAAAUUCCAGAGUUCUGGUUUCACUGUUCUAGUGUGUAAGACUUCUCAAAUGAUUCCUGGUUCCCCACUGGGGAGCGUUUCCAUAUUAUCCCAAGGGACUACUCUUGAAAACACACUUAACAUAUCCAUCCAAAAAAAGUUUAAAUGGGUAUAUUGAGAAUAUAUGGGGAUAUGUACAAUGGGGCUUAGAAUCGAGAGGGGCAGCCUUGCCAGAGGCAUCUAGAAACCAGUUCAUAAAAGACUCUUUAUGUGCUCUACCUUUUCCAUAAUUAUACUAUUUUCACAUGAGGCAGAAGUACCAGCAGGUUACCAAGGAAGCCCAGAUGCCAAGCACCGACCAGCUUCACUCCCUCUAUCAGACUUGGUCUAACCUCUUAGCUGAAACAGGCCUACAGCUGGUCCUCUCUACUUCCAGUCCCCCUCCAAAGGCCUGAGUAACCAAAACUGCUCAUAGGAACAGACUGUCUUAUUAUCACACCUGAACUUCCAGCCUGGUCCUUAAGCCCACCCAACCGCAUCUCCUCACACACACUUCUACUUAUACCCAUAUCCACUAUUUGCUCACACCAGGCACUACUUACACACUUGGCAUACAACUCUGGAAAGUCUUGAAAUCUACUUGUCCCAGCAUGCUCAAGGGCACACCUACUGGCUCAGAAAACAUUUCCCAGUGUCUCCAUGGUAAAGUAAACCAUUGCCACAGUAUAUUUUCACAAGGAACCCUUCUAAUAGACUGGGCCUGUCAUUAUAAAACAAAUUUUUUUCCUAAUUCCUAUUUUUUUUUAAUUUUCAUAUAAACUUGUUAGGCAUGGUGGCACAUGCCUUUGACCCAUCACUACCCAAGCCAGCCUGGUCUACAGUGUUCCAGGCCAGCCAGGGAUACAGGGAUGUUAAGAGCCUGACCGAGAAAAUGUAACUCCACAGGAACCUAAUGGUUCCAUCAGACAGGACCAUAAAUAAUACUUUUGCAAGAGUAGCCUUAGGGCUGGGGAUGGAACCCCACUCUAGAGGGCUUGUCUACCAACCUGAACCCUGGGUUUGUUCCCACCCCUCAUGAGAACACCUGUUAGUCCCAGCACUGUGGAGACAGAGGCAUGAGAGUACAGAUGGGAGGCAGAGAUAGAAUGGCCCUGAAGCUCACAGGCUAAUUUGCAGCACAGCAACAGGAAGAACUGACUCCCAAAAGUUUGUCCUCAAGCCUCUAAGUACAGACAUACGUGCUCACAUACACACACACAAAAUACAUUUUUAAAUUUUCUUUAAAAUGGAUAAGCCCUUGAGGCUGGACGAACGACUCAGCAGUCAGCUCUUCCAGAGGGACCAGGUUCAAUAUAGUGCCCAUGUGAAGGCUCAGUCUGUAAUGCCUGUUCCCGGGAAUUUGAUGCCCUCUUCUGGCCUUAGCAGGUACUGCAUGCAUGUGGUGUACAGACAUGCAAAAAGCAUCCAUAAUAAAAUAAAAAAAAAUUUAAAUAAUCUUCGUCAUGGCUCCUGAUAUCACCAAAGGCCAUGCAGUAACACAGGAUCAGUCACCCGAUGCAAGAUAGGGAUCUGAGAGUCAUGCUGCAGCUGGGUCCAUAAAGAUCCGAGUGACCUGUACUGCCACAAGAUGCCCUGAUGACAUCUGAGCCCAGGCUGCUGAGGACCACGGCUGGGUCUUUGUUGAUGUCCAUGGCCUGUGGUGCCACCAAAGGCCACACAGAUGCCUGGGGUCUAGGCCCACAAUGAGGCCAUGCUGGCACCCAAGGCCAUGGCACCACUACUGGGGCCACACCAAUCUGAGUGGCCUGCACUAUCAUAUGGGGCCAUGGUGUCAUCUGGGCCAAGGCUGCUGCCAAGGGCCAUGUCUGGGUCUGUAGUUCUAUGGCAGCCAGAUCUGUGUUAAUGUCUGUGGCUGUUGAUACCAUCAAAGGCCAUGUCAAUGCCAGGGGUCUGAGGCACCACCUGGGGCUACAUUGGUGUCUGAGGGCCACUCGGCUGCUGCUGGAACCAUGUCAAUCUCAGUGGCCUAUCCUGCCACCUGGGGUCAUAGUGACAUCAGAGCCCAGGCUGCUGCUGGGGACCAUGGUUCUCCCACAGCCAGGUUCUGUGUUGAUGUCCAUGCCCCAUGGUACCACCAAAGGCCACGUGGAUGCCCAGGUCUAGGGCACAACCUGUGGCCAUGUUGGUGUCUGAGGGCUGUUACCACUAGAGCCAUGCUGAUCUGGGUGGCCCACGCUGCCACACAGGGUCAUGGUGUCUUCUGGGCCUGAGUUGCCAAUGUGGGCCAUGUCUGGGUCCAUGGUUAAGCAGCAGCCAGGGUCUGUGCGAAUGGCCAGGUCUGGACAGCAGACCAUGUUGGUAUCUGAGGGCAUUGCUGCCACUGGGGCCAUACUGAUCCAGGUGGCCUGUGCUGCCACCGGGGCCAUAGUGACACCUGCGCCCGAGCCACUGCUGUAGCUGGGGUUAGUGAUAAUAUCCAUGGCCUGUGUUACCAGAGUGGGUCAUAGGAACCAUGCGUAUGAAAUCCGAGAGCUGUGCCAACAGCCCUGCCCCCUCGUGGACACUGUAGCAGGAGCUGCCUCCCUCCACCAAUCCACUCCCACUCUGGAGAGAUGGCCCCACCACUCACCACAUGCAUGGAGAGCUGCUGACCCUGAUGGCAUAGGCCUAGGAGAGCUGGCUCUGCCCCUCACCUGAGGUUGACAGUCCCAGUGGUCCAAACCAACCAGUUCAGCUACCACCCAGACCCACAUCCUGGACCUUGGGUCAGCCCACCCUAACAUCUGCCCCAUCUAUGACCUGCUGGAAUAAGUAAAGGGACUGGUCAGCAGAACAAUUCCCACAGGAUCUCGGGGCAGCAGCAGGAUAUCCAAGAGGCGUUUCAGUGAGGGUCCAGUGAUGAUAGUGUGCUAGAGGCCUUGACCAGACCAAGGACUCAUUGAAAUGAACAUUUGCAAGUAAAGCUGAUUGGACAAAAGGGUCUACUGUGUGACACACUACAGCUUCCGAUGCCACUAGAAUUGAAUGAAGAGGUGUUAGAAGAGCGAGGUGAUUUGUUUUGUUUUGAAUUAAUUUGGGGGGGUCAUGCUGCAUGAGUAGAGAUAGAUACGAAUGGACUGGAAGUGAGCAGGAUUAGGGUGAAUGUGAAAUUCCCAAAGAAUCAAUAAAGAAUUCUGUUUAAAAAGAAAAAACACUUGGGAGACAUAAGCAGGCAGAUCUCUGAGUUCUAGGACAGCCAUUCAGUCAGAAUUACAUAGUAAGUACCAGUCUCAAAAAAGUUUUUUUUAAAUAAAUCCUUAAAAAAAAUAGUUCCAGUUGGGCGGUGGUGGCGCACGCCUUUAAUCCCAGCACUCGGGAGGCAGAGCCAGGCGGAUCUCUGUGAGUUCGAGGCCAGCCUGGUCUACAGAAUGAGAUCCAGGAAUGGCGCAAAGCUACACAGAGAAACCCUGUCUUGAAAAAAAAAAAUAAAAAAAUAGUUCCAAAGCAAUGUUUCUUUGGUUUUGUUUGUUUUGGGGGGUGUUAUUUGUCCUGGAAUUCGAUAUAUAGGCCAGACUGUCCUUGAACUCAAGAUCCAUCUGUCUCUUCCUCGAGUGCUCAGAUUAAAGGCUUGUGCCACUAUGCCCAGCCUGAAGCAGCGUAGUUAAUAGUUUUCCCGAGGGCUAAGGAGAUGGCUGGGGGUAGAGGUGAGAGAGUAAAGUACUUGCUGAACAAAGGUAAGGAUCUGAAGUCAGACCCCAGAACCUAUAUAUAAGCUGGAAACAAACCAACAACUAACCUCUUUGGUAAAAUGGGAAGCAGAGAAUGCCUGGAAGCUCCCAGACUGGUCAUGAGACCCUAAUUCAAACAUGGUAGAAAGCAAGCACCAACACCCUAGGUUGUCCUUUGACCUCCACAUAUAAGCCCUGGCCCUGGUGCUUAGAACACACAUACACAUACACACACACACACACACACACACACACACACAAUCAGAUCUUGGGGACUCCCCUUCCUCUUUGUAUUUUUUCCCUAGAAGUAGGGAAGAAUUCAGUUCUAGAAGUCUUAGAUUUAGGACAUAACAUAGUGGUUUGAGUAAAAGUUCUAAAGGAUGGAAAGUCAAACCCAGCUCCUGGUCUUACUAUGAUGAAAGCUGUACCCUCAGUAUCCCUCUGCAAAGUAAGAAUAGUAAGACCUAGCUCAUCUCUUAACAGCACUGGGAAAUGCACAUUAGUGUCAAUAACUCUUUCUAAUAGGUCAUUUAAUUGCAUCUGGGUGCCUGCGCUGCCUACUACAUGGAAGACCAUCCAUCUAAAAUUACCUUCCAGUCUUGGUGGUAUGUAAAGCUAACCCACAAAGCAGCCCCCCACAUCUCCAGUGCAUUGGAGCACAUCCCAGAGCUAGACGUUCAGAACACUACAAGCAAGAACUAGACAGCCACUGGUCAGAUCAAACAGUCAGGCCACAAAGGAGGAGCUUUGAAGGCACUAGACAAAGUGACAAAACUCAAUCUAAUGUUCACCAAUAGUCCCAACCAGGAGUCCCACAGAAAUUCCCAACAUCAUAGUUUAUGCCGAACUCUUUAAGAUCUACCCCCUCUGACAGGGUUUCUGUGUAACCCUGGAACUCACUCUGUACACAUUCCCUUGCUUCUGCCUCCUGAGUGUUGGGGUUAAAGGUGUGUGCCACUACUGCCCAGCUACACCAAACUCUUAUCGACGCCCAACCUAACAAAAAUUAGUUACAAAAAAGACAAAUCUGAAACUUUUAGGUUUUGGGGGGGCCAGGUUGGCUUUAUUGAGACAGGGUCUAUACAGAGCAGGCUGGCCUUCCACUCAGAGAUCUGCCUGCUUCUGCCUGAGUGCUGAGAUUAAAGGUGUGCCAGGCUCAAAAACUUUUAAGACUCACUGCAUCACAUUUUCCCAUGUCUUCCACCCACGUGCUGGGACUACAGGUGGACUAUAUACGACUAUUCAAACUGAUAGACCUUCCUUCUCAAUCUAGUCAAGCUUCAGUCUUUGAACAAGAAUAAAAGCCAUCUUUGAACAAUAAAAGCCAGCCUAAGCUAGGCUUGUGCUACUUACAAAAAUUUGUAUAUAGGAUGGGUAUAGUAGCAUACACCUUAAUCCUAGCAAUUAGGAGGCAGAAGCCUGGUCUAGUGUUUCAGGACAGCCAGAGCUCAUGAUUCCAAUUAACAUACAGAAGAGAUGAUCCAAGCACACAUUUUCUGCCUAACUUCCUCUUCCUAAGAUUUAUCUUUAUUAUUUUUAAUUAUGUAUAUACAUGUGUGUCUAGGGGUGUGUGCAUGUAUGUGGCCAGAAGCUUUGGAUCACCCUGGAGGUGGAGUUACAGGUGGUUUCGAGCUGCUUGAUGAGGGUGCAAGGGACCAAACCAACCUCUACAAGAUCAGUGUGUGCUGAUCUUGCUCAGGCAGUCUUUAAAAAAUUAAAAUUAGAAAAAGGGGGGGCAUUGAAGAAAUAACUCAGCCGUUAAGAGCACUUACUGUUCUUGCAAAGCAUCUAGAUUUGGUUUUCAGCAUCCACAUGUUGGCUCACAAUCAUUCACAGUACACACAUGGUAUAUAUAUCCAUGAAGGCAAAACACUCAUACAUAAAAUAUGUAAACCUAAAAAAAUGAAGAUAGCUAUGUUUACUGGCAGAAACAAUAUAACAUAGUGAGAGGCUGGGGGAAGUACAACUUGAGGCAGGAACGAGAACAGUGCAGGGACUGUGGAGCUGUCAUAAGAAGUCAGGGCUGGAGAGAUGGUUCAGUGGGUCAGAGCACACACUGAUCUUGUGCCCACAUCAAGCAGCUCAAAACCACCUGUAACUCCACCUCCAGAGUGAUCCAAAGCUUCUGGCCACAAACACGCACACACUCCCAGACACACAUGUAUAUACAUAAUUAAAAAUAUUUAAAGAUGAAUCUUAGGAAAAGUCAGGCAGAGAAUGUGUGUCUGGGUCAUCUCUCCUGUAUGGUAACUGGUAUCCUAGUUAGGUGUCUAUUAUCUGUGAUAAACACCAUGACCAAAAGCAACUUGUGGAGGAAAGGCUUUAUUUGGCUUACAUGUGCUGCUCAGGUCAUCAUGAUGAGAAAGAAGUCAGGGUAGGAACAAGGCAGGAACUGAACCAGUACUCCUUGGGAUAAAGGAAACUCCCAAUCCCGUUAAAUAAGGAAGAAGGAAGAAAAGAAGGAAAGAAGAAAGAGUUAGAAAGGAAGAGAGAGCAAGCAAGCAACUUCUAGUAGUCAGGUAGGUAGUAGACCCAUGCCUAUAAUCUUAGUACUCAACAGGUAGUAGAUCACAAGUUCAAAGCCAUCUUAUGCUAUAGUAAGGGUCCAUUUCAAAAAAUAGUUAAGUCGCCGGGUGGUGGUGGCGCACGCCUUUAAUCCCAGCACUCGGGAGGCAGAGCCAGGCGGAUCUCUGUGAGUUCGAGGCCAGCCUGGGCUACCAAGUGAGUUCCAGGAAAGGCGCAAAGCUACACAGAGAAACCCUGUCUCCAAAAACCAAAAAAAAAAAAAAGUUAAGUCAACAUGUGACCUCACACUGGCAUGUCACCAUCAAAACACAAGAACAUUAUGAAUGCAUGAAAUUACACAUACCGAAGGUAUAUGUGGAACAAGAGAAUUUCACGUUUCCAACCCCAAAAUACAAAUAUGAAUAUUCCAAAACUUAAAAAUACCAGAAACCCAAAAAAACUCCUGAUCCUAAUCAUGGAUUUGGGUUAUUAAAUUAGUAGAUAAUCUGCACAUUAAACUUGAAGGAUUAUUCAAACCACCUCAACUGACACAAGUUUAGAGGUGGGAUUAAAGGCAUGCAUCCACACUCGGGUGCUCUCUGCCUCAUGUUGUCAGUAUUGAGAUGUGAGCUCUCAGUUGUUCUCACUUUGCUCUACCAUCAUGAACUCUAACGCUCUGUAACCGUAAACCCAAUGAAAUGCUUUUAGGUUGCCUUGGUCAUGUUUCAUUACCACUAAGACAAAGUCCAUAGUAAAUAAAAUUGACUAAACUUACCUCCAACUUCAGAAAAAUUUUUAAAAAAGCCUAUCAUAAAACCCCAGACAUUUCAAAGCACUAAAUAAUCUCAAGUGGAAAACACUGACCCCUUUUGGAGGUGGUGUAUGGACAAGAUGCCACCUGGAAAGAACUUAUAUUCUUCAAAGCUUAUUCUCAUGGCCCUACCCAUCCCAACCCAGCCUGUCAAUCCACUUUUUGAAAGAUAUUUAAUGGACUGGAGGGAUGGUUCAUCUACUAAACAUACUUGCCUUCAGUUUUGUUCCCAGCACUAGGGAGUACUCUCUGGCAUUCACAAAUACCUGCAAACAAGUGGUAUCCACUCACAUACAUAAAAUAAUUAAGCUAAGCUUAAUGGUGCUCACCUUGAAUCCCAGCACUUGGAAGGCAAAGGCAGGUAGGUCUCCAUGAGUUCAAGGUCAGUAUGGUCUACAUAGGGAGUUCCAGGCCAGCCAAAGCUACAUAGUUUGUCUCAAAAAAAAAAGAAAUAAAUAGUAGACUUGGGGGAGGGGAUGGGGUGGAAAUUAAAACCAAAGUUUUUCGUGUUUUUUUGUUUUUUGCUUUUAAGAUUUAUUUUAUUAUAUAUAGAGCAUGUAUGACUGCAGGCCAGAAGACGGCACCAGAUCUCAUUACAGAUGGUUGUGAGCCACCAAGUGGUUGCUGGGAAUUGAACUCAGGACCUCUGGAAGUAGAAUCAGUGCUCUUAACCUCUGAGCCAUCUCUCCAGCCCUCUUGUUUUUUCAUUUUUUGAGACAGGAGUUUCUCUGUGUAAUUCUGGCUGUCCUGGAACUCAUUCUGUAGACUAGGCUGGCCUCAAACUCAAAUCCAUCUGCUUCUGCCUCUGCCUGCUCAGAUUGAAGGCGUGCAUCACCACCAUCUGGCAAAACUAAAGUGCUUAAAAGGAUGCCCAGAGCUUGGCUUUCCACUACAGUACCAGCACUCAACCAAACAACACAAGUUUCUGUGUUUAUCCCAACAAGUUGGCUAGCACUCAAUUGCUUCUCAACAAAGCCCUUCUCCUCCCAGCACACACAAUACACCAAUACCCAAAACCAACACUACAUCCAAGAGUCCUGAGCACUGUGUAUUAGCAGGAGUGUUAGUCUGCCAGAUCCCUCUUAUUCCAGACUCAUGAAUUCUGACAACUUCAGAAUCAAUUAUUUCCCAAAGCUCUGAACUGCUAACCAUCAAAAAUCCCUGAGAUCAAAUCUGCCAACAUGCUCUAAGUUUAAGUCUAUUCUCUGGAUGCCAGCACAACUUGUGGUCUUCCUGCUUUGGCUUCUGAAUGCCAACCAAGAUGACAGGCAUGUGCCAUCACACUUGUUCUCCAAAAGCCCAACAAAUGCAUUAAAACUAAGUAUUGUAGCAGUAUCACUUCUGGGCAUAUACCAAAGAAAAUGGAAUAAACAAAAGCAUGUCCAAUACCCUCCUUUUGCAGUACUCAAAAAGCUAAGCUAUGCUAAGACGCCAGCUAAUUAAGUUUGUCUGGAGUAUUUUGAGAGAGGUGCUGUGAUUACAGGCAUGAACCACUAUGACGAGCAGAUGAGUUGCAUGUGAUAUACCUUCAUGUGUGCACAGGUCUGUGCAGAGGCCAGACAUUAAUUGUCUCCCUCAACAGUUCUAAUCACUGGAGCACUAGGUCAUCCUCAGAAACUAGCAAGUCCAAGGCCAGUCUGGGCUACCUAAGACUCUACUGGGGGGGGGGGGGGGGGUGUGAGUGCUAGAGAAAUGGCAACAGUUAAGAGCACUUGUUGCUCUUCCAGAGAACCUGCGUUCAGUUCUCAGCACUCACAUGGUGACCCACAACCAUCCCUAACUCCAAGUCUAGGGAGCUGAUGCCCUUUUCUGAUCACCGUGCAUAACCAGGAAUACCCAUGGUGCACAUAUACAUGCAAGCAAAUAUUUGACUGAAGAAUUCCCACAGAGCCAACAGCCAGUUUGACUCUCCAGUGUUAACACCUAGCUUUGAUCUGCCUUUUGUGAUUGCUACCUCCUGUCUCCAUACCUUCUCAGUGUUUUCCUAGGGGAUCAAAGCCUAUGCAAACUUAAGUUUAGGAACAACCCAGAAAACUGGUAUUCUUUACUGAGGUUUUACAUUUGGCGUUGUCCCUCUGAGGGGCUUAGGUCAAAGACUUUGGAAUUGACGUAUUAAAGGCGUGAAUUAUAUAACAAUAAAAGGUGCCGUUGCUCAGGGAGGGCAGUUCAGUCGAGACAAUCCACCCUGCAGGUGGAAAAGGCUAAAGAUUCAUCCUCAAGGUGCCUCCUUUCAUGAUUCCACUGACACAUGAGAACACCCACACCUGAUAUACAACUACACAUUAAAAAGUAAACCUCCAGGGGUGGUGGAGCUCAUCUUUAGUUCCAGCACUCUGGAGGAAGAGGUAAGCAGUUAUCUGAGAUACCUAAGUUCAAGACCAGCCUGGCCUAAACAGUGAGAGUCUUUCUGUAUGAAGCUAGAGACCUUGUCUCAAAAUACAAACUCAUCUUUCAAAAAAAUCACUUAAAUAAAAUAAAAUCAAUUAUAAGAUGGGGGAAAGACAUAGCUCAACAUGUAAUUCAAACAAGUAAUGCAGCUAAGCAGUGGUGGCACUUGCCUUUAAUCCCAGCACUCGGGAGGCAGAGACAGGCAGCCGAGUUGAGGCCAGCCCGGUCUACAAAGCGAGUUCCAGAACAGUCAAGAGCUAUUGCACAGAGAAAACCCUGUCUCCAAAAACCAGGAAGGAAAAAACCAAACACGCCACUGGGUGUCACAAUUUUGUCAUCAAUGAUGACUGGGCACCAGAACCAAUUGUCUUGUUAUCCAUUUAUUUCCUCAUCUACCCACAGACUAUGCUGGACCUAACCACUACCAAUCACUGGGCACUAGUUACCUGAUAAUAAACUUCAACCUUAGGGCUGGAGAGAAGGCUCCAAGGUCAAUAGCACAUAAUGAUCAAGUUCCAGGACAGCCAGGUCUAUAUAGUGACCCUGUCUCAAAAUACCAAAACAAAAAGCACAUACUGGUCUUUACAAAGGACCCGAGGUUAGUUCUCAGCAGCCAUAGCAGGUGGCUCACAAUUGCCUGAAACUACCUCCAAGGAAUCACUCUUCUGGUCUCUGCAUGCACCUAUAGAACACAUGCAGACAACACAUACACAUAAACAAAAUGAAGUAUUUAGUUAGAAACAAAAAAGCUUCAAUCUUCAUUUCUUCUAGCUGCAUGGAUUAGGGAACCACAACCAAACUCUAAUGUAUUAGAACCCUAAUAGGUGAAGCAGCAGCAGUACACAUCCAUUAGGCUUCUCAAACCAAAUUAACACAUCAAAUAAACAGCCUAUCAAAUAAGCAGAGUCAGGGGCCUAACUACAGCUUAGCUGAGGAUUCUUAUCCAGGCAUGGAAGAUUUGCACACGUACCAAGUUUAAUGAGACUAAUACACUUCCCAAAACAUUCAGGGCCUUUAACCUUAAAGCAUGCCUACUCACAGGUGAACCUUUAACAAAGCCAUCAAGAAACUCCUCUCACAAACACAUUUCAGCAUAAACUUCAACAUAAGGCUGAGGAUGGUAGCUCAGUAGAAAUUCUAGCCCUGCUGAAGAGGAAAGGAAAAAAAAAAAAAAACUCUGCAAGAAAGCACCUCCCAACAAUAGGUCUCAACACAUCUGUAGGGCAUGCUUCAGAUAAUAGCUUCUGUAUACAAACUGUUCAUCAGGCAUCAUAAAUCAAGCCCUACUUUGUGCUGACAUGGUGCCUGUCUGUAAUCCCAGCACUGGGAAAACUGAAGGAUUCAUACAUAUUUAAGGAUAGCACAGGCUACCAGGCCUGCCAAAGUUAAAUGACAAGACGGUCAAAAAAAACCUUCAGGAGGUACAAAUUAAUGAGCAGCUCUAGAGCUGUCCAAUAUUAAAGAUUGUGGGAUAGAAACUAGUACAACCGAAACACAAAAUCCGUCUUUGCUCUAGGCAGUUUUACCAUUGUGACCUGAUGCUGUCUUCUACAAAUACAAAGUUCAUGCUCAAAAACCAUGCAGUUGGUUGGGCAUGAUACCCACUUCGUCUUUAAUCCCAGAAACAGUGACACGUUGUUAAGAAACGUAUUACACCAGGCGGUGGUGGCACACGCCUUUAAUCCCAGCACUCAGGAGGAAGAGCCAGGCAGAUCUCUGUGAGUUCGAGGCCAGCCUGGGCUACCAAGUGAGUUUCAGGAAAGGCGCAAAGCUACACAGAGAAACCCUGUCUCAAAAAACAAACAAAAAAAAAGCAUAUUACAAAAAUAAAAGAGCAUGUUUUGUUUACUGUUUUGUAUUGGGCUACAUUCUAAGAUUUUUGCCUAUUGACACUAAUUUCUUACUGACCUAUUUGGAUUUUUUUUUGGGGGGGGGCAGGGGUGGGGGAUGCUCCCCCCCACCUUUUUGGCAUGACAGCAAGUCCAUGCUGGACUUGAACUUCCAAUCUUCCUGCCUCCACACACCUAAGUACCAGGAUUACAGAAAUCCAUAACCACGCCCAACUGGUUUUGGUUUGUUGGCUUUGGGACUUUGUAGCCAGAGAGCAAUCAAGUUGGAAACCCUGCCACCAGUGCUGGGAUUACUAUACCUAGUUUUCAGUUCUAUAUGCUAAUAUAAACACUGUUGCCCAACAGGGACAAGUUACUAAACACAUCAAGUGAAAAGGCUGGGGGUUACGAUGUUUUAGCUCCUCACUGAGGACCCUUUUAUCAUUCAACUUUCCUUAAGAGGAACUGUAGCCAAGAAUAGCGUCUUCAAUCCUAGCACCCAGGAGGCAGUUUUAGGUGAGCCAGGGCUACACAAUUACCAUAGUCCUAUAAUCCUAGCUGAUAGGAUGAAAGGGUAGAUUAUUCAAUCUACUUUGAAAAAAGGAGAUACAGAUAUGCUGGAAUAAGGGUAGAUUACUGAAUCUACUUUUAAACCAAAAAGCAACUACUAGUUUUAAAUAUUUUACAUUUGAUAUGGAUCUUUGUAUAUUGAUAUAAAUUUGAGGUUUUUGUUAGAACUGUACAUACAUUUCAAAUCUUGUUCAAGAUAUUGUACCUAUACAACUCAUUUAAAAAUUUAUUGUCCUUGAAAGUUAUUAUUACCAACUAAUUAGGAUAUAAAGAAAUACAGGUUAGUAGUCAUGUUACAAUCAAACUUGUAGUCAUGGUAGGUUAUGUUUUCAAGGUCAAACAUAUAUUUAGAUAAGCUAUCUUCAAACACUUAGAGAUCUACAGAAUAUGGCAUUUAAGGUAUUUUAAUAACAGGUUUUUUUUCUUGUUUUAUGACAAUGAGACAUGCGCCUGUUCCUGGCAGCACCAAUUUUACUUCAAAGAUGGGCAUCCAGGAAACUCUAUAUAGUUUACUUUCUUUGGGGCAAAAAUUAGUCACUGGGCAAGAAAAUGCCCUUGCCUCAACUGCUGACAGUAUGCUGUCCCAAUGGGACAAGUAGGACACAAAAGGACUGCCAAACUUGGCUAAGACAAGGUAGGAGAAUAUCCUGCUUCACAGAAAAGUCUGUCAGAUAUUCCAGGCCUGUAAAGCAAAGAUGAAUGCUCCAACGUUGCAAAGGAACCUUAGGUGACUGUGUAGGCAGCCAGCUGUUUCUGUCAUUUCUCGAAUUUUUUUGGAAGUCUCUUGCUUGCACUUCCCACUUACUCAGGUAAUAUUUCCUUCUUGGGUCUCUGGUGGAGCUGAAUUUACAGUUUUCCUUGUUACCAGAUUCAGAAAAGAAACUCACCAAAGAGGUGUAAAAUGUGUAAGACUGAGACAUUAAUACUUUUGGUAAUGCAAGUUAGGACAGAAAAUGAAUUACGUACACUUUGGACUCACCAAGAUAGGACAGAUAUGGGGUAUUUCCUCUGAAUUUGUCAAAUGUUAAUGGACUGGACACUGUUAAUGCAAUACUUGACUGUAUAUACUGAAUAGUUAUUGUACUUACUGUAUAUCAUUCCUUACAUUAGUUAUAACCUUAUUUUAGACAAAAAAGGGAGAAAUGUGAUUAUUUUGUUUGUGCUUUAAUAAAGCUUGCAUGGAGCUAGCCACUACAGGCCAGGCAGUGGUGACACACACCUUUAAACCCAGCACUUGGGAGGAGGAGACAGAAAUAUCACUGGGCAGAGAGGGUAAAUGGUAAGGCAGGGUGGAAACAGGAGCUCGGGUCUUUUCAGUCUGAGGAUUCAGUAGAGGAAGAAGUCUUCUAGUGGCUGACUGCUCUGCUUCUCUGAUCUUUCAGCAUUUACCCUAAUUACCUGGCUCCAGGUUUUUAUUAAGACCAAUUAGAAUUCAUGCUACACCUGGCUGAAAUAGGACUAAGUUCAAAACAUCAAAUUUCAAAAUAUCAAUGACCUACAGAAGAAGUCAGGAUUUAAAAGUGAUCCACCUACACCACUGUAUGCAUGGUCCUUUUCCUGAAAACUAGGUACCAAUCAUUUACCUCUUUCCUAGAAACCACUCAAAGAAUUCUUUUGUCUUUUCAAUGUUGCAUCAAUCAAGGUUAUGUUAGAUAGGAACAAUUAUUCAAAUUCCUGCUAUGCAAGAUGAUAUGAGGGAAUAUUUCCCCACGUUCCUAACACAGACCCAUCCUCCAGAAAGUAAACUGGGGGCAGCAACAGACUUUAACUAAAAUGAUGUUUUUUAAUGGGAACCAGAGAUAUGGUUACAAUUAUGGUAGUCUGACACAAACAACACACAUACAUACAUACACACACACACACACACACAUACACACACA